AUGAAGGGUCUACAAGGAGCGACUAAGGACCGGUUCUUUGCGCUCUGCGGUCCAUUGAUCGCCGUCUUCAGCGUCGGUACCUGGGGUCUCUGGCUCAUCCUUUCCUUCACACUCCUCUACUAUCCCCAUCGGUCCUUCUUGUGGUCGGAAACCGGUGAGAGUACUUGGCUCGAUGUCUUCUAUUUCAGUGGCUAUGUCGCCUCGACCCUGGGAAUCGGCGACAUCGUGCCCGUCACGGCGGCUUUGCGCCUUCUAACGGUGGUCGAGGCCAUGAGUGGAUUCGCUCUUUUCGCCAUCGCGACCACCUAUCUCCUGGCCGUUUAUCAGCACGUCGCCAAGGAACAGGUAAUCGCCUUGGAGCUCGCUGGCCGUUUGAUAUWUGAGGAUUCGCAGCAAACCCAAGCUUCGAUUGGCUCGUGGGGCCACUCGACGGCGAGAGGCCUCCUGGAAGUAGCCCAGGCCCACGGCCAAUACCCAGUGCUGCACCACUUUCGACCCGCCGAGCCCGAGCGUGCUCUGGUUGUUCAAGUUGGCAGGCUCCUUGAGGUUCUCGACUCCGUGCGACCUACGG